UCUCAUGAAACCCAAAGUGGUGCGAAAAGUGUAUCAGAUUCAUCAAAAUCAAGAUGACAUCAAGCUUAUUAAAUUGGAAUUUUGUGGGAUUAUGUUGACAUCACAAAGCACUUGACUCCGGAGUCUGAGGGGCAAGGAAUACCGUAGAAUUGAGAGGAACAAUUGUGGUCGAGAUCAAUGGCGUUCUCAUGCUGCCACUUGGAGGCGAUCAUACGAUGACUGUUCUACAAUCGCAACGUUUGCCGAAGGAAGUGAUGCAAAGGGAGAGACCUAUUAUAUCAAGCAGUGAGUAAAUGACUUGAAUGAAUCACUGAUGCAUUGGUCCGUGUUCGAUCAACGAUAUAUAGGAAUUAGGUGAACUUGCCCCAAUGAGAGAUUGAUCGUCGUCCCGAAUGGCCUCAGUUGGUUGUGUGAGGAACUGGGACUUCGGAACGAAAGGAUGAGUGCAUGACUUGAAGGAUUCGCGUGUCAAUGUGAUCGUCGCCGAAUCCGGAGACGGAGUCCAGUUCCGAUUGAUGCGAAGUCGUUGAUUUCGUAUCCGCGAGUUUGGGUUUUGGGUUGAAUUUUGUGUUGCGUCAGGGUUGUCGCUGUUUGUGUGGCUAUGGCGGACGAGGACCCAGCUGACGACGCCGAAGAUCGGCUGCCCUUGAACGCGCUUCCCUCCGGCCGCUUCCUUCACGACGAUGACGAGCCUUUCCCCGACGACGAUGACGACUCUCCGCCUGCUUCUCCCCCGAAGCAUAAAGAGCGUGUGCGCUUGCGAAUUCGAACGUUGGAGGCUCGCUCACCUUUCUCUUGCAGAUAGCACUCUUUGCUUGGGGAAUCCGGCAACUGCGUAGCGUCCUUGCACGUCGACGACAGAACAAAGCGCUUAGUUCUAGGGGAGGACGCGUGAACGUCAUUCUGUAUCGGCCAGUGGAGCCUCCUCUGUUAGCUCACUUGAGUCCAAUGGCAGUGAAGAAACUGGUGGAGAUUAACCCCAUUCCUUACCUCCUCAUCGACGUCCGUCACCCUGAUGCAGCUCGCACGGAGCCCAAGCCCUUUGAAAAUGCAAUCAACAUUCCUGAAACGGAAGUUAGAGCUUGUUUACAGCUUUCAGCAGCUGACUGGAAGACGAAGUUCCCCUCUGCAAAGAAACCAGGACGGGAGGAUUUGAUAAUAUUCCUGUCAAAUCGUGGCAAGCGUGCUCAGCGCGUUGCGGCAGCAGCUGCUGAUCUGGGCUUUAAUGGGUGUUGUAUUUUAAAGGGCGGUUUCCAGGGCUUACGUGCAAAUUCUUCUCCUAAUGGGGAACAUGUACACUAUAUAAGCAGGGAUGCGGUUGCUCUGUUGGUCCGGAACAAGGAAGCCAUGGCAGAUGACAAGAAUGUGGGAGAAAAUACACCGUGGUUGAUUGACCUGCGUAGGCAGGAUGAACGAGCUUUGUAUGGGCACAUCAAGGGGUCUUUGCACAUUCGAGUGGAGGGGUGGCCAAAGGCACUAGCGAAAGAUCCUGCACCAUUCGAGAAGCGGUAUCAUGAACCCAAGAUUGACACUGACGACAUUGUCAUCCUCCACUAUUAUACAGGUAGAUCAAACAGGCGUGCUUCAUGGGCGGCUUAUGUAGCUCAAGACGCUGGUUUCAAACGGUGUUAUGUUUACGAAGAGGGCACUUGCGGAUGGCGCUUGGAUCCCACAGUGCUUCCCUAUGACAGCUACGAAUUGGGAGAUGUACCCCCAGAGCCUGUCCAAUUUGAGUUGGAGUGGGUAAAUUUUGAAGCUGCGCAGUUGGAGCUGAAGCACUCAGGACUACUGUAAUGUAGAUGUCAGUAUACAAUACUGCACCGGGAACAGUUCCUUACGAUGAAAUGACCACGUGUUUAGGGUUGUGUUGGUAUUUAACUAGGGCGGAGGUUCAAGAAUAGUUGUUCCUGCGCCUCCUUUCUGCGCUGACAUUAAGGUUGACUGCUCUUUUGCUCGUUUUGACCUGUUCAAAUUCAGUCGAACGGGCAAUAGAGUCAUGAUUUUAUUUUCAUUGCAGUGGGAUCUUUGUAAUGUAGAAUAGUCUUCAAUGAAUGCCUGAAAAUGUCAUUUCAAACUGUGGAAUUUUAUCAUAGCCAAUACUCUGACA